AAACGACCCCCUCUUUCAUAGCACUCUCUUUCUCUCUUAACUCUUUUCUUCCUUUUCUUGUAUCAUAUCAUAUUAGUCAAAUACACCUGCUUUCCUCAUCUAGCUAACUAUCUCCUUCAUCUUCUUGAUCGAAAGGAAAAACAAGAAACUCAAAAAUGGAAGGAAGUUGCAUAGAUGAGAUCAGCUCAAGUACCAGCACAGAGUACUCUAUCUCUAUUUCCCCGGCAACCCUUUCGCCUUCCCCGGCUACCAAGUCCCCUGAGAGUCUAUGCCGGGUGGGAAGCGGCACUACCAGCACCAUCUUAGAUUCUGAAAGCGGCAUCGAAGCCGAGUCUCGAGGAAAGCUCCCGUCUUCGAAAUAUAAAGGAGUUGUCCCCCAGCCCAACGGCCGCUGGGGUGCCCAGAUUUACGAGAAGCACCAGCGAGUGUGGUUGGGCACUUUCAACGAAGAAGACGAGGCCGCCAAGGCCUAUGACAUCGCGGCCCAACGCUUCCGUGGCCGCGACGCCGUGACGAACUUCAAAUCCUUGGCUUCUGCGUCGACGACCGAAGAUCAGGAUCAUGACAUCGAGACCGCCUUCUUGAACUCCCAUUCCAAGGCCGAGAUCGUGGACAUGCUCAGGAAGCACACGUACAAUGAUGAACUGGAGCAAAGCAAGCGUAACCUCGGCUUGGACGGCAAUGGCGGAAAUAGGUCCAAAGCGGAGGGCUUCCUCUGUAAUCCUUUCGGUUCAGGCCGGGCUUUCAAAGCGCGUGAGCAGCUUUUCGAGAAAGCUGUUACUCCUAGCGAUGUCGGCAAGCUGAACCGGCUUGUGAUACCGAAGCAACAUGCCGAAAAGCACUUCCCCUUACAAACCGGAAGCACUACCAAAGGGGUGCUUCUGAAUUUUGAGGAUGUUGGAGGCAAAGUGUGGAGGUUCCGGUACUCAUAUUGGAAUAGUAGCCAAAGCUACGUGCUCACAAAGGGUUGGAGCCGGUUCGUAAAAGAUAAGAACCUCAAGGCUGGUGACAUUGUUAGCUUUCAGCGCUCGACCGGACCGGAUAAGCAGCUUUACAUUGAUUGGAAGGGGAGGACGGGGAGCGGGGCUGGUGUAGUAGUUGGGUUAUCAAACCCGGUUUUCCCGGUUCAGCCGGUUCAGAUGGUGAGGCUAUUUGGUGUCAACAUUCUGCAAGUACCUGUGGUUGGGGUCGUAGAGAGUACUAUUAUUGGGGGCUACCAUGGGAAGAGAACGAGAGAGAGGGAUCUCUUGGCAUUGGAAUGUAGCAAGAAACAAAGGAUGCUUGGAGCUUUGUAACAUUUACUUUGUUUCUAUCCUUUUUUUUUUCCCCUUUGGAGUUGUAGCAUUUUGUGAAUGGUGCAAGGAAGGUGAGUGAGGUGUAGUUGCCCAAGUUGCACGUUCCAAGUUGCUUGUUAAAGGUGAAUUGUACAUUACAAAACAAAAGGCUGAAGAAAGCUGAAAUUAGAUGCAACAAGUAAGAGAAUGGAUUAUAAUUAACUGUCAA